CGGGCGUCCACCGAAAGCGGUGCUGUGCUGUGCUGGGUGGAGCGGCGUUGAGCGGUGCUGGGUUGCCAAUGCAUUCUUAUGAAGUACCGUCCACUAAAGCUGGGGCGCUGUGCGGCGAGACAAGCUAUGUCGUGCGGGGCCGCAUGACUUCGCUUUGUGUUCGAUUGACGCUGUGCGGAGACGGGCAAACUCGUUUUGUUUUUUUUUUAUUAAUUACGAUAAAAAUGGAACAAUUCAUUGAAACUGUGAGAUUAAAUCCUUGCCUAUGGAAAGUAGAUGAAAAGAACUAUAAAAGUCAAGACGCACGUGAUAUUGUCUGGGAAGAAGUCUCAAAAAAGUGCAAUAUAACAGACGGAAAAGAGGCUAAACGGGUAUGGAAAAAGUUAAGGGAUUCUUUCAGGGACGCUUUAAAAAGGCAAAAUGAAUGUAAAAGUGGGGACGCAGCACCUGCGGUAAAACGGUUGUGGGUAUACCAAAAACAAAUGGAAUUUUUGAUUCCAUAUAUGACCAACCGAAAAAGAUGUUCCAACGUAGCUGACACGCAAUCAUCAAACGAAAAUACAAUGGAAACAUGGCCACAUGAAGAAAUACAAACUCAAAACGAACAAUCACACAGUGACUUUGAACACACGGUAGUGACUGACGAAGAAACUCAAAUAAGUAGUAGAGAAACCCAAGAGAAAAAUCCUGAGUUUAUAGAGCCUGUUAAGAAGAAAAAAAGUCAAUGGCAAAAAAACGUUGUAUCGAUAAUGAAACAACAAGCUGAAAAAAGGGAGGCUAGGGCUGCUGAGCGAGACGCUCAAAGAAAAGAAUUUGAACAAAAAUUGCGGUCGAAUGAUCCUCUUAAGGAAUUUUUCAACAGUAGGUAUUUAACAACAGCUGCUAUGCCUCCACAUUUACAAGUUUCCAUUAAGCGAAAAAUAUUUGAUGCUGUUACUGAGGCGGAACUGAUGAAUAGGCAUAAGCAGCUUAGCACUUUUAGCAACUGCGUUUUUAAGCGUUAUGGAUCAAAAUAUUAUAGAUGUGAAUAA